CAAACACUCAACUCCCACAAUCCAUCCAUUCCGAACCGUUUUCCAUUCUUUGCAGCAACCAUGCCCGUUACCAUCUUCACCAGCGACAACGACCCAGGCCAAUGGCUCAUGCCUAACGUCGACUCCGACUCAGAUCUGCUAGCGGGGUCCCGCUACGAAGAGUAUGAAAGGAGCAUCCGCAUCGUCCAGAGUUCCUUCGGCGGCGAUUUGUUUUGCGACAACCACAUCUCCGCGUCGACCAACGGCUUCCUCUACACCCUGUUUAACGCCUACAGCGAUCACCUCCACGUCACCCUGCGGCCUGAGGACGUCUGGUUCGCGAUCCUCACCCAGCUCAGCUUCUACAUCAACGCGCACGCCGAAGAGCUCCGCUCCUACUUCGUCGCGCACGACGGGACCAAGGAGUUGGAGACGGUGGGGGAUGGGACCCUGGACACUUCCAAUGUGGGUGCGUUGGCGCUGGAGAUGACCAGGUUGAUCCAGAAGAAUGUUGUCGAGCCGGGCUUGCGCGAGUGGAUCAUGCCCACGUUUAGCACCACGACCGAGUCCGACCGAGUGGUGGCCGCGGUGUUGAUGAUGGGCUCUAUGCAGAAAUAUUUCAGCUACACGAUGUCAUUUUUAUGCGGCAUCCCGAGCGUCACGCUCCUCGGACAUCGAGAGGACUGGGAGGACAUCCUGCAUCGGCUCGAGAAGAUGACACAGCUUGGGGAAGAGCCCGCCACGUUCACAGAGUUGUUGAGGCCGAUCCUCCGGCAUUUCGUUGCUAGUUUCGAUGCCCCGGCCCGACCGGAUGUGCUGUCCUUUUGGAAGAGGGCAGUUGAUCGGAGGGAAGAGGGCAGUGGGGUGGACUACAUCACAGGUUGGAUGUCAGCCUUCUGCUUUUGGGACUCGGAAGGGAAGAGGAUUCCACAUACCUCCUCGGAGAAUGGUGCGAUAAUCGACGGCGUGAAAUACCAUGCAAUCGACACUGAUCAGGCUCCGUUGGGUUCUGUCUCGGUUCCCGUCACAAUCAACGACAAUGGCCACGAGUUCCCGGCGAGAAUGGUCGCAGGCUCAGUUGGCAUCAGGGCUGAGGCAGCUGGCAGAACUCAUAACAACGCUGUGACUGCUCCCGACUCCGAUAAUCCCACACUUGCGGGAAAUAACGACGGUGAUGACAAUCGACUUGACUCGAUCAGUCCUGUCACUGGAUGGUGGAUGUACGAGGCGAAAUCCGAUAGCCAGGUGGAACAAGAGGAGGAAGAGCGCCGGGAAGGAAUACGUUCUAUGAUGUAUGGUCUGGGGGGGAGGACGAAGAAGGUUCCAACUGGUUCAGAUGGUGUUCAGGAUGCUGCCGCAUAA